AUACGAUGUACAACAAUUAGUUAAACGUUUAUAUAAAGAAACAAUUCCUGUUUAAAUCAGUUUUAUUGAUUUUUUAAAUGUAUGCUGUAUAUUUAAAUCCAUAAUGCGUGCAAUUGUAGAUGUAGGAAAAACAUGGCCACAGUACGUGGCUGUUAUGACAGAAAUCAUCAGAAAUCAUCAGAAAUCAUCAGAAAUCAUCAGAAAUCAUCAGAAAUCAUCAGAAAUCAUCAGAAAUCAUCAGAAAUCAUCAGAAAUCAUCAGAAAUCAUCAGAAAUCAUCAGAAAUCAUCAGAAAUCAUCAGAAAUCAUCAGAAAUCAUCAGAAAUCAUCUGAAAUCAUCAGAAAUCAUCAGAAAUCAUCAGAAAUCAUCAGAAAUCAUCAGAAAUCAUCAGAAAUCAUCAGAAAUCAUCAGAAAUCAUCAGAAAUCAUCAGAAAUCAUCAGAAAUCAUCAGAAAUCAUCAGAAAUCAUCAGAAAUCAUCAGAAAUCAUCAGAAAUCAUCAGAAAUCAUCAGAAAUCAUCAGAAAUCAUCAGAAAUCAUCAGAAAUCAUCAGAAAUCAUCAGAAAUCAUCAGAAAUCAUCAGAAAUCAUCAGAAAUCAUCAGAAAUCAUCAGAAAUUAUCAGAAAUUAUCAGAAAUCAUCAGAAAUCAUCAGAAAUCAUCAGAAAUCAUCAGAAAUCAUCAGAAAUAAUCAGAAAUCAUCAGAAAUCAUCAGAAAUCAUCAGAAAUCAUCAAAAAUCAUCAGAAAUCAUCAGAAAUCAUCAGAAAUCAUCAGAAAUCAUCAGAAAUCAUCAGAAAUCAUCAGAAAUCAUCAGAAAUCAUCAGAAAUCAUCAGAAAUCAUCAGAAAUCAUCAGAAAUCAUCAGAAAUAAUCAGAAAUCAUCAGAAAUUAUCAGAAAUCAUCAGAAAUCAUCAGAAAUCAUCAGAAAUCAUCAGAAAUCAUCAGAAAUCAUCAGAAAUCAUCAGAAAUCAUCAGAAAUCAUCAGAAAUCAUCAGAAAUCAUCAUAA